GUGAGGCCUGGGGCGAUGGACCCGUUCACGGAGAAGUUGCUUGAACGAACCCGUGCCAGACGAGAGAAUCUUCAGAGAAAAAUGGCUGAGAGGCCCACGGCAGCAGCAAGGUCUGCACUACACGCCAAGCGAGGCAGAGAGCCGCUUUCAGAAGCAAGUAAUCAGCAGCCCCUGUCAGGGGGUGAAGAGAAAUCUUGUACAAAGCCAUCACCAUCAAAAAAGCAGUGUUCUGACAAAGCUGAACUCGAAGUUUUGGACUUAGAAAAUAAGGAACCUGUUGAGUCCGCUGCUGCAAAGCCUUGUUCUCCGAGGCCUGUGUCCCUUCAAGCAGAGCCCCCAGCACCAGCUGCCAACAGUGAUUCUAUGGCUGCCCCAGGGUCGCUGCUCAGCAUGGGCAGAGGGCUGAGCUCAAGAUCAGAAGCCUCUGCUGCCUCCUCAGUGAAAACUCGAAUGCAGAAGCUUGCUGAGCAACGGCGUCGUUGGGAUAGCGAUGUAGCAGAUGAUGUACCAGAAAGCUCGCACUUGUCACCAGUGCCAUCUGAGGAAAAGGCUGCUUCACCGUCCAAGCCACCCCUUUCAAAUGCCUCAGCUACCCCAGUUGGGAGAAGGGGCCGUCUGGCCAACCUUGCUGCGACGAUUUGCUCCUGGGAAGAUGAUGUAAGCCACUCAUCUGCAAAGCAAACCAGUGUACAAGGACAGCCUGGUACCACUUGUUUAUCCAGACCUUCCUCUGCAAGUGGAGCAUCUGCUAGCAUCAAUAGCAGCAGUGUUCAGCAGGAAGCUGCACGCUGUUCCCAAAGGGAUGGCAAGGCCUCUGCCAGUAAAGCCCCAUCUUCAAGUGCUGCCGAGGGACCAUUGCUUAAAGCCUCAGCGCCCAGCUCUGUUAAAGUGACGUCUUCCCCCGUGAAAUCUGCUGUGCUCGUCCCAACUACUAAGAACCAUGAGGCACCAAAUGCUGAGCUACUUCACAGAACUACUAGUCCUCUGAAAACAGAGGCACUGAAGCCGAGGGAGAAACCACCUUUACCUCAGGCAGUUCAGGCCAAAGAGGAAACAAACAGGGAAGUUUGUCUACAGUCCCAACCCAGAGACAACCCUGCAACACCAGGAGGAAGAGGAAUUAAGCCUUUUCUGGAACGCUUUGGAGAGCGUUGUCAAGAACACAGCAAAGAAAGCCCAGCUUAUAGAGCAUCUCAUAGAACCCCCAAUAUCACUCCAAAUACAAAAGCCAUCCAGGAAAGAUUAUUCAAGCAAAACACAUGUUCAUCUACUACCCAUUUAGCACAGCAGCUCAAACAGGAACGUGAAAAAGAACUAGCGGGUCUCCGUGGUCGAUUUGACAAGGGCAGUUUAUGGAGUGCAGAGAAGGAAGAAAAGUCAAGAAGCAAACAGCUAGAAACCCAGCAGGAAAUUCACUGUCAGAAUACUCCCCUCAAGAAACAUCAAAUUGUUUCAAACACCCCAUCGAUUUCUGUAACAGAUAAAGUGGCGGACAAUCAAACUGCAGUGAAGAUUUCUAGUGCAGAGCCUUCAGGUUCCACUGAAAGCAAAAUGACAAAGUCCAGCCCUUUGAAAAUAACAUUGUUUUUAGAAGAGGAAACGUCCUUAGAAGUCUUGUCAGACCCGAAGGCUGAGCAGGAGACUGAAGUGGUACGUGAAGCUGCGAUGAGUGUGGAUGAUGAUGCUAUCAAUAGCUCCAAAGUCAUUAAUGACAUCUUUAGUGACGUCUUAGAGGAAGGGGAACUGGAUGUGGAAAGGAACCAAGAGGAGAUGGAGCAAGUGGGAGCAGAGAGCAGUGAGGAGCAGGAGGAUGCACUGAACAUCUCUUCAAUGUCUUUACUGGCUCCGUUAGCCCAGACAGUUGGGGUGGUAAGUCUGGAGAAUGUAAUUUCUUCACCCAAAUUGGAGUUGAGAGACAUAAGCCCAAGUGCUGCAAGUCCCAAACCAGGAAAAUUCCAGAGACCCCGUGUUCCUCGAGCUGAGUCUGGGGACAGCAUCGGUUCUGAAGACCGUGAUCUUCUCUAUAGCAUUGAUGCUUACAGGUCUCAAAGAUUCAAAGAAACAGAGCGCCCUUCCAUAAAGCAAGUGAUUGUUCGAAAAGAAGAUGUUGCUUCAAAAUUGGGUGAAAAGAAUAAUGUCUUUUCUUGUCAAGUUAAUAUCAAACAAAAAAUGCAGGAGCUCAAUAAUGACAUAAAUUUGCAGCAGACAGUGAUCUACCAGGCCAGCCAGGCUCUGAACUGUUGUGUUGAUGAAGAGCAUGGGAAAGGGUCCCUGGAAGAGGCUGAAGCAGAAAGACUUCUUCUGAUUGCAACUGAGAAGAGAGCACUUCUGAUUGAUGAGCUGAACAAGCUGAAGAACGAGGGGCCUCAGAGGAGGAACAAGGCUGGUGGCCUGUCUCAGAGUGAAUUUGUUCCAUCCAAAGGGUCUGUCACUUUGUCAGAAAUCUGCUUGCCUCUGAAGGCAGAUUUUGUCUGCAGCACCGCUCAGAAACCAGAUGCAUCAAGUUACUACUACCUAAUUAUUCUAAAAGCUGGAGCUGAACAUAUGGUCGCCACACCAUUAGCAAGUACUUCAAACUCUCUUAGUGGUGACGCUCUGACAUUUACCACUACAUUUACUCUGAAUGAUGUUUCCAAUGACUUUGAAAUAAAUGUUGAAGUUUACAGCUUGGUACAAAAGAAAGAUUCAUCAGGUCUUGAUAAGAAGAAGAAAGCCUCGAAGUCCAAGGCUAUUACUCCAAAGAGACUCCUCACAUCUAUAACUUCAAAAAGCAACCUUCAUUCUUCAGUGAUGGCCAGUCCGGGAGGUCUCAGUGCUGUGCGUACCAGCAACUUUGCCCUGGUUGGAUCUCACACACUGUCCUUAUCUUCCGUCGGAGACACUAAGUUUGCUUUGGACAAGGUACCUUUUUUAGCUCCUUUGGAAGGUCAUAUCUGUUUAAAAAUCAGCUGUCAAGUGAAUUCAAGUGUUGAGGAGAAAGGUUUCCUAACAAUAUUUGAAGAUGUUAGUGGCUUUGGUGCCUGGCAUCGAAGAUGGUGUGUUCUCUCUGGAAACUGUAUCUCCUAUUGGACCUACCCAGAUGAUGAGAGGAGAAAGAAUCCCAUAGGAAGGAUAAAUCUGGCCAAUUGUAUCAGUCAUCAGGUAGAACCAGCCAACAGAGAAUUUUGUGCAAGACGCAACACUCUGGAAUUCAUUACUGUCCGACCACAAAGAGAAGACGACCGAGAGACUCUUGUUAGCCAAUGCAGGGACACACUCUGUGUCACCAAGAACUGGCUCUCUGCCGAUACUAAGGAGGAGCGGGAUCUCUGGAUGCAGAGACUCAACCAGGUGAUGGUUGAUAUUCGCCUCUGGCAGCCUGAUGCUUGCUACAAGCCCGUUGGGAAGCCUUAAAGUGUGGGAACUCCGCAUCAUGGAGAGGCUUCGAUAGCUGUGUCAAAAAGUGUCUUAAGAAGACAUAGUUAGGAGCAUCAGAUUUACAAGUUGUAUUUUAUGCUUUAAAUAUAAAAGGGUCUGUGCAAAUAUUCACUACAUAUUAGGCAGUAUUUAUAUAUUUUCUAUGUAAAACUUCACCCAGUUUCUCUUGCAUUCAGAAGUAUUUAACAGUCAAUUCAUGAGUCUCAUUUUCUAGAAACCUAAUUAGCCAGUUAUUCGUGACCAAAAAAAAAAAAAUCUUAAUCAAGUUCUGAGUUGUCCUUUGGAGCUUUGCUUUUGAGGUCUCAAGGUCUCCUGUAGGUCACACACAGAAACCUCUGGUUUGGUGAUUUUUUUUUUCUCCAACCUCAGUGGUUUUUUAAAAAGGUUGUGAUCAUUCAUGGCUCAUGAUAUGGCUUGUUGCCAUAGUACUGAAUGCACUCUCGAAGGGUUUUGCAGAAACAUGUUUAGUGAUAGAAAUGAGAAAAGACAACAAAGGCUUAUUAGUUUAAUAUGGACUUGGGGCUACUUUCUGAAGAGAUGUGGAGAGAGUGACACUAUGUGAUAUUUGGAGCUAAGUAUUUUGUAUAGAAGCAUUAAAAAUCACAUGGCUUGCAUUCACUCCUUUCCUAUUUAUGCAGUGUGGUGCACAUUUUCAUAGUAUUCAAGCUUUAUUAAAUAGUUAUUUCUCACCUAGUUUAGGGAUUCCUCAUUAACAUAUUAAUUUUUCCUCUUAUCAUAAGAACAAAUGUAAAUUGAAGAACAUUUACAUAAAAAGAUUUAAACUUUUACCAAGCUGCUGUGAACUACUACUUUGCUUGCCAAAGUGCUUGUCUUUUUCUUUCCUUUCAUAUUCGUCUAUGACAGUUUCUAGAAGUGUUUUGAGAUCAUUGAAAAAAUAGUAAGCCAUAUUACCCCAAAGCCCAAUACCUUCCUGCAAUUUAGAAAUGUUGAAAUACAUGGCUGUAGUUUUUAAAUGCAGUUUGAAUUUCUUCUCUGACUUUAAUUAUUGAUGGUUUCAUUUAUAAACACUAAAUCCUAUCACCUGCCAUUAUAUUUCUUACUCAUCUAAAUGUGGUUUUUCUUAUGUAUAUCACAAAAAUAUUUUAUGACUGCCUACAUAAAUAAAUAAUUGUAAUUG